CGGACAGGUUGACGCACUCCCCGCGGCUGGAGUUCCACUUGACCUGGAGCCUGUCCACGCUGCAGGCCCACGGGGGGUUCCUGAGAGGCCUGGCGACGUCUGACUCUAGGGCGGCGGGGGUGAUGAGGACCCUCCAAAGAGCGCUCACAAGUCACCAGACCGACCUCUUCAAGCUUUGUCAGGAGAACCAAUAUACACUCAGCUUUCUGGGAGCGAUAGAUGGCGCGAAACCGGUACACGGCGGGGAGACUGGUGCCGAUUCGGCAGCAGCAGCAUCAGAAACAACGACCACCGGUCCUUCGGCGAAAAGAAUGCGUGUGCCGUGAAUCCAGCAAGGCCCCUAUAUACCUAUCCAAGGAUUUUCGACCAAUCGGGAGCCGUCGGUCGACAAGAUUGGCCAAUCAGCGAUGGGGGUCCAAGAACAACGUGUGGGCAGCCUUCUCCACUGAGGGCACUUGCGAAAAAAAUGACCCCGCUUUUUAGCGAAAUCAGCAUUGUUGACGAUGGUCGGCAGACCUCCUGCACCUACCACGCGUUUUUUCGCUACAUAGAAUUCUUUAUAUGGCAUGA